GUGUUCUAGAUUCUUGCCCGCAAACCGAUGAACCCGUUCCUUGUAUUUCUUCGCGAUUUUAUUGUGUAUUUGUUCAUUUGUGUUUCUGCGCCAAUUCUUUUCGUCAUGUCGAAGCAGGCUUUCUGUCAGGGGUGCUCGCGCUACUAUGAUGGAUACAGCCAACAUGAGCACAUUCAAAAGGCCCCCACGGCCCCGCCAACGGAGUUCGUAUACGAACGACUUCCAGAUAAACGACGAUCGAUGCGACUCUUGAAUCUUUUUUCCAGCAGUCCCGAGAAUCCACAAAUCGAAUGCAAGUUGGUGGUUGUUGAUAUCGAUCCAAAGAAGUUGACGAGGGGUUCACUCGGGAAGGAGUACGAGGCUCUAUCUUGGUGUUGGGGGACCGUACAACCGACGUCGUAUAUUAAUAUUCGGAAGAAUGGGCGCAUUUAUUCGAAGAAGGUGCAGCCGGAUUUGCUUGCUGCUCUGAAAGCUCUGCGGCAUCCGCAAGAAGAUCGGUAUCUCUGGAUUGAUGCGAUUUGUAUAAAUCAGGCGGAUAUCGGCGAGAGGAACCACCAGGUCGAAAUGAUGUCGACGAUUUAUGGCCAAGCUAAGAGGGUUUGUGUUUGGCUUGGAGAAGGCGAUGCAACUAGCGCCAUGGCCUUCAAAUUUAUUCAAAAAGAAGUUCUUCAACUUCAAAACUUCGACGAGCUGUGUGACAGCAAGGAGGCAAGCAAGAAGUGGGGAGCUCUCUUGGACCUUAUGCAGCGCCGAUGGUUCUCUCGGAGAUGGGUGGUGCAGGAAAUCGCACUGGCUCGAGAGGCAGUGAUUUACUGCGGUGCGGACAAGAUUCCUUGGAAAGACUUCGCAGUGGCGGUUGAGCUUUUCGUCGAAGUUGAGACAGCAACACAUCGACUCUCCGAAGUCAUGAAAAAGGAUCCCCAGUUCUAUCACGUACCGGGAUGGUUUGAAUACGUCUCCGCCCUGGGUGCGAGUCUUCUCGUCGAAGCAACCGGCAAACUGUUCCGUGACACGAAGUCCAUAGCAGCGGCAGAGUCCGACCGAAAGGGUGAUAAAGACCGUUUGGUUGCCGAGAGAGCAGGCAGACAGCCCCUUUUGAGCCUGGAGUAUCUGGUCUCGAGCUUAUCCAUUUUUGAUGUCUCCGUUGAGCACGACACCAUCUACGCUCUCCUCGCCAUCGCCAAAGACACCACACCCUCAGCCAGCGAUUCCGAACUAACACCAGAGCCCGCUCUCGUACCAACACCUAUUCGAAAGCCCUACCACAAGAGCUCCGAGCUCUUCCUCGACCGUACAAAAUCCGUACUCGAAGACUUCACACAGCGAAAACGGUACACCGUGGCCUACGAAUCGCCAUAUGUUGAUGUUUGCAAGACUUUUAUCCAAUUCUGUAUAUUGCAAUCAGACCCCACACGUGCCCUGGAUAUCAUUUGUCGUCCUUGGGCAGCAGAAGAUAAGAAGAGUUCACACGAAAAGCAUGCCUUCUACGAGAACAGUCGCCGUCAAAUGCCACAAGAAAUCGACAUGACACUCCCCACUUGGGUUCCCACUCUCAGUGGUGCACCGUAUGCCAUGUACGCGCAUGCUGGCGUGCAUACACUCAAGAUGGGAAGGAAAAACGCAGAUACACUCGUUGGUCUCCCGACAGCACUACAGCGGAACUAUAACGCCGCCGAAACACGUGGGAUUGAUAGGAAAACCUUACGGUUCAAGAAACGGUUGGACGGAAGCAUGCAUUUCAGCAUGUACGUGAAAGGCUUCGUGCUCGACACAGUCGAACAAGUCUACCCAGCCUCUCAGGGCGGUGCCAUUCCGCAAGAAUGGAUAGAUGCCGUUGAAUGGCGAGAUGUCGACAAGAGCGAUCCUCCUGACGAGUUCUGGCGUACUUUGGUAGCAGAUCGCGGACGCGAUGGGCGGAAUCCCCCUGUCUAUUACUCAAGAGCGUGUAAAGAGUCGUUCCUGAAAGGAGGACUGCCAAGCGGGAGCGUCAGCACGAGCGAUCUUAUCAACAACGAGCGGUGCUCGGUCGUGGCCCAGUUUUGCCGCAGGGUGCAGGCCGUGAUUUGGAACCGGUGUCUGAUCAAGACGAAGAGUACUAAGACAGAGAGUGACAAUAUCGGCCUAGCCUCCAAGAAUGUUCAAAAAGGAGACUUCGUCUGUAUCCUAUACGGCUGCAGUGUACCCGUCAUCCUGCGCCGCUGCGAGAAGAAGAAAACAGCCAACCAGCUGGCCAAAGAGCGAAAGGAGGACUUCGUCAAUACUGUGACGGAUCUGCAGAGGCGAUGGAAGCGGAAGUUCGAGAGGGAUCGCAGGUGGAGAAUGGCGAGGACCAAAAGGCUGCUAAUGAAGCUGUUGCGGAAGAAGGGCACGAGUAUGGAUUCCUCGGAUCCUACAAUCUUGUGGUAUAUUACGAGGAAGUAUGGGAUGAGGUGGAGAAGAAUUGUGAAGUCGAGGAGUCUGGCGAGGAGGGAGACGCGGGGAUUGUUGGAAGGUGGUACUCCAGGGACGAGCGAUGGCCAUUCCGAUGGUUCUGGGCCGUUGGGUGAAAGUCAAGACUCCAUCGAACUCCAUCACGAAGAGCAUGGCGAAGAUGGCCGAAGAACACCCCCGCCUGUUGGCCCUCCGCAGCUUCCACAGACACCCCGCUCUGUGCCACUGCCGCAAACGCCAGGCACCUCGCCCUACACAAACGAAGGCGAGAGGAAGAGGCUAGAAAGAGAAGAGGUUGCAAAGGCAUGGGAUCAGGGUUUCAAGGCUUGGUUGAAGAAGGUUCCCGAAGAUGAGGAUGAUGAGCGGUGGUAUUAUUACCAGUUUUUGGGAGAGGCAUACGUGCAUGGCAUGAUGGAUGGAGAGGCGAUGGAGUAUCAGAAUACCCAAGAGAUUAAGACCAGUCUUUUUGAGCUGCGGUAGGGCGUCUUAAGGUGGGGGAUGGAGGGGAACUGUACAUGCAUGGUUCGGGCGUUGUAGGAGUGUUAAUGUGGAGUUUUAAAAGCAGUCGUAAUGAUACCGUGCCCUUGGCUAUUGAUCUAUCUACUUGC